AUUCACAGUAUCUUAUCACAGAUUCAUUCCGUUUUAGUACAUUCAAUAAUUUAUUAACACCAUUUAUUCUCUAAAAAGCCUUGAUUCAAGCACCACCGAUCAUGUCUGUAACUCUAGAAGAAGGUAAACCUAACACUCAAACUCAAAACGAAGAAAUUAAAAAAGUUUCAGGUUUGGGUGUUAGACAUGUACAAAUUGCUCUGCUUUUUUCAUUGUUAGCCAUAGCUUAUGCACAGAGAGUGACAUUAUCCGUAGCAAUUGUCGCAAUGUUAGACGAGACCGCAUCUCCUAAUCCAGACAUUCCUACCUUCAAAUGGAAGACAAAAAGCGUUAUUCUCUCUUCCUUCUUCUGGGGGUACAUAUGUUUACAAAUUUUUGCAGGACAAAUUGGCAAGAAAUAUGGUACCAAAUGGAUAGCUUUCAUUGCAAUGUUCAUAAAUGCAACAGCUUGCGUAGUAAUUCCACCUGUGGCUGAAUACAUUGGAUCUUAUGGUGUCAUGGCUUGUAGAAUGAUUCAGGGAUUGUCCCAAGGAUUUUUCUUUCCCUCGGUCCACAACAUACUAGGACAGUGGGCUCCUUCGGAUGAGAGGUCCGUACUUGGAACAAUAGCUUUUGCAGGACCUUCAUUAGGAACUAUAGUUUCUAUACUCAUUACGGGAGCCAUAUGUUCAUCUUGGUCCGGUUGGCCUCUAGCGUUCUAUCUUUUCGGAGCUCUGGGAUACGCUUGGAUGCUAGCCUGGGUCCUGCUUGCUGCCAACACUCCUGCGAGUCAUCCGAAAAUUUCUAAAGAAGAACGAGAAUAUAUUCAAAAGAGUUUAAGCGUUAAUGAAAAUGAUGAGAUUUCAGAGACUCCAUGGAAAAGUAUUUUCACUUCUGUACCGGUGUGGGCUUUCAUUGUUGCCAUGUUUGGACAAAAUUGGGGUUAUUCAACUUUACUCACGGAAAUACCUAGCUACGUGAAGUCAAUUAUGAACGUAGAUAUAGCACAUAACAGCGUCCUCUCUGCAGCGCCGUACUUGGCUUCAUUUAUAUUGAGUUUUGUAUUUGGGGCUAUUUCAGAUUUUAUAAUUAACCACGAAUAUGUAACCAGAGAAAAUGCAAGGAAACUAUUCAAUACAAUUGGCACCGUAGUACCAUCAAUUGCACUAGUAACCUUAGGAUUUUUAGAUGAGAAUCAACUAUCUUUAUCAGUUACUAUGUUAGUAAUUGCAGUAGGAGUGAAUGCUGCUUGUUUCGCAGGAUUCCAAAUAAAUCCUGUCGAUUUAUCACCAAAAUUUUCUGGAGUUCUUAUGGGUAUAGGAAAUGGUUCAUCUAAUACUUUUUCAAUUAUAGCACCGCUAUUGGUUCAAUUUGUUGUUGCAGAUGAUGAGACAAAUAAAAAACUAUGGAGGAUUAUCUUCAUCACUGCAGCUUGCAUUUACACUGCCUCGGAUAUUUUUUACGUCAUCUUUGCAUCAGGAAAAGUGCAGUACUGGAACGAUUUGGAGCAGGUAGCCAAAACUGAUAAGAAAAAAGAAAAAUUACAUGAAGAAGCGUUGAAUUCAAAAUAAAUUAAUAUUUAAUAAGUAAUUGAAAUCUGUGAUAUGCAACUUAUGUAACUCAUAAGUAUUAAGUAAUUGUAGGUUUCUGUGUUAAAAUUUUUUCUAUAUUCAAUUUUUUGGAUCGAAGACAACUGAAAGUCAAAAUACAUAUUAUUUAUAUCUCGAAACAGUUUAUUUAAAAGUAUUUUUCUACAAGCGUGCGAGAAGAUGAUCUUCUCGCACGCAACUUAAACUGUAUGUUGCACCUAAUGUCAUUAUACAGGUUAAUUCUCUAUUUUAGAAAUAAAUGCGCUUGUAGAAAAAAUGUUGAUCGUAACACGUGCUAGAAGCACUUUUACGUACUCACCUGCUUACCCGUAAAAGUGCAUCUUCUAGCACUUGUUGCGAUAACUACUAUUUUGUAUACACUCAAACAUGUAAAAAUUGUUUUAUAACCUGUGAAUUUAAUGUACAAACUAUAUUUAAAAGCAUAGUUUAUUAAAUUUGAGCUAACAGCACUUCAAUAAAAAAUAAAAAUUCAUAUUUUUUUAAUAAAAUUUAAUUCACUUUGCAGUUCGCAAAAAUGAAAAGAAAAGGCUGAGUCACCGGCUGAUAUGAAUACUAAAGGACCUGAUCCCACAUUCUAUUCUUCGGUCCUCUUUGUGAACGAUGUUUUUAUUAACAUCUGCAAUAACACAAAUUUUUAUUUUUUCUACACACAAAUUUAUUGAUUUUUCCAACUAUAUGUUGUCUUUGUAUCUCCUAUCGUUUGACUCUAAUGUGGGUACAUACCUUAUAACAUUUAUUAAACUUGAAUUUUUAAACUUUAUACAUAUAUGCCAAAUGAUGACCAGGAUCAAGAUUGCCGAAAAGAGUUUGUUUUAAUGUUAUAAUUUUAUGUAGUAUCGUUUUUGAGUGUUUCUUUUAUUCGCGAUUCUAACUGA